UCACCAAUAGCGACAUUUGUUUUGACCCUUUCAAGUCUUUUUUUUUUCCUUUAGAUGAAUAAUCUUUGAUGAAUGAGAUUUUUUGAGCAAAUUUGAGAUUUUAUACACAAGAAGAGAAUGAAACAGGUUGUGCCUCAAUUAUUGAAAAAUUUGAGUGUGAGUUUCAUUUUAACAUGUUCGUUUUUUUCUGUGACUCAUCUGAAUCUUGAGCAUUAGGCCAAUCCUAUGAGGAACCAAAAGAAGAAAUAUGCCAAUCAGACCUGAACUUAAUCUUUUACUAACAACAAGGGUGUUCGCAAUGGCAACAUCCACAGAGCUGCCGGACUAUAUUAAUGAGCGACCGAAACAUGGACAGAAAUGCAGCAGCAAUACAAAUCAAACAGAAAGAAGAAUCCCUCUGCUGCUGUUACUCAGCUUUGGUGUGCUGUGCAUCGUACAAGCUGUUCUCAAUAUUUCCCUGAGCCUUUCCUUGAACUCCGGCCAGGUAUCAGAUCCCUUUGUCUGCAACACAACUACCAACCAAAACAAGAAGACAGAUCUGGUAGAUGACUGUAAGAGGAUGAGGCCCAUUGAUUUCAACAGCCUACAAGACCGCUUCAAUGCCCUGACUAAAGAGACCAGCCGGCAUAUAAGUAAGCUGAAGGAGGAGCGGGACCAACUGAAAAGGCGGAUAUGCGAGCAGAGUUGUUGUGUGCCCUUUCCACAGUGUCCGACAGACUGGAUUGAGAAAAACUCAAGAUGUUACUUUCAGUCCAGAUACAAAACGACAUGGGAGGAAAGCAGAAACUACUGUAAGAGUAAAGGAGCUGACCUGGUGGUGAUCAACAGUGAACAGGAACUGAUAUUCUUGAGACAUCGGACCCCUUUUCUUUCCGUCCACUGGAUUGGUCUGCAUCGAACGAAUGGGGACUUCAAAUGGGUGGAUGGAUCUGCACCGACCAAAGAAUCCCGGGAGCCAGAUGGCCUUCCAUUCAAAUGUGUGGCAAUGAAUAGCUACACAUCCGGGAAGAACAGAUGGAGACAAGCCCAUUGUGGAGAGGAGCAUUACUGCUUUUGUGAGACAGAUCUUUGUCCCCCGUCCCCCUGAAGAACAGAAUAUUAUGUGUCUAUACAUGUGAAUAAAUUAAUAAGCUUUUACACACAGAAUAACAUAUAUGUUCACUUUCAAAUAAAUAUGUAUAGAUUUAAGCAACAAUAGACAAUUUGUACUUGGCUUACACUGGCUUCUUUAUUUUUUAAUUGGCAUUGAUGUGGUUUUACUCUACCUGAUUUAAAAAAUACAUACAAACGAUUAAACAAUCCCACAUGA